CCGCCCGGUGCCGCGGCGCAGAGAGCCCCGGAGCGGCCGCGCGGCGCCGGCCCCGCAGCCCGGCUCUGAGCCGCCCGCCCGGCCCGGCCCGCCCCGCCGCGCCCCGCCGCCCUCAAUGAGGUUCUUCCGACUCACCUUCAAGUGCUUCGUGGAUUGCUUCUGAGCCCCCCCCGCACCUCCCCCCCCAUCCCCACGGCCACGGAGCCGCCCCCGACCCGCUCUCGCUCCCCGGCCCCCCGCGACAUGUCCCCCGUCCCCACCGACACGGCCGCCCCUCAGCCGCCCGCCUCCCCGCGACGCGACGCCGCCGCCGCCGCCGCCGCCGCCGCUGCCCCCGCGGGCUCCGCAGGGGGCCGCGGGGAGGCGGAGGGCGCCGAUCCCCCCGCGGCGGGCGAGGAGCGGGCGGUGACAGCGCCGCUGGUGGGACCCCCCGGCCCCCCGAAAGCGGCCGCCCCCGAGCGGGAGACGUGGACCCGGCAGAUGGAUUUCAUCAUGUCCUGCGUGGGUUUCGCCGUGGGGCUGGGCAACGUCUGGCGCUUCCCCUACCUGUGCUACAAGAACGGCGGAGGCGUCUUCCUCAUCCCCUACCUGCUCAUCGUCUUCGUGGGUGGCAUCCCCGUCUUCUUCCUGGAGGUGGCCCUGGGGCAGUUCAUGAAGCAGGGGGGCAUCGCCGCCUGGAACAUCGCCCCUCUCUUCAAGGGUCUGGGGUUGGCUUCCAUGGUGAUCGUCUUCUUCUGCAACUCCUACUACAUCAUGAUCCUGGUGUGGGGGCUCUUCUACCUGGUGCACUCGCUGACAGACACCCUGCCCUGGGCCACCUGCGGCCACGCCUGGAACACUGAGCAGUGCGCUGAGCUCUUCCACCUUGAGCUCUGCCGCAAUGGUAGCAUCAAUGCCAGUGCCAGCAGUGGGACCUUCAACCUCAGCUGUGCUGACCUGGCCAGCAAGCGCUCGCCUGUCAUCGAGUUUUGGGAGAACAAGGUGCUGCGGCUCUCGGGGGACCUCAGCGAGCCAGGGGACAUGAACUGGCAGAUGAUCCUCUGCUUGGUCACCACCUGGGUCGUUGUCUACUUCUGCAUCUGGAAGGGCGUCAAGUCGACUGGGAAGAUUGUCUACUUCACAGCACUCUUCCCCUAUGUGGUUCUCAUCCUGCUGCUGGUCCAUGGGGUGACACUGCCUGGGGCACUGGGUGGCAUCGUCUACUACCUGAAACCCGACUGGUCCAAGCUGGCCGAGGCACAGGUCUGGAUUGACGCUGGCACCCAGAUCUUCUUCUCCUACGCCAUUGGGCUGGGUGCUCUGACCGCACUGGGCAGCUACAACCGCUUCCACAACAACUGCUACAGAGAUGCCUACAUCCUGGCCGUGAUCAACAGCUCCACCAGCUUCUUCGCUGGCUUCGUCGUCUUCUCUGUGCUGGGCUUCAUGGCCUCCGAGCAAGGCGUGGACAUCUCCAAGGUGGCCGAGUCUGGCCCCGGGCUGGCUUUCAUCGCCUACCCCAAAGCUGUGACAUUGAUGCCCUUGUCCCCACUCUGGGCCACGCUCUUCUUCUUCAUGCUCCUCGUGCUGGGGCUGGACAGCCAGUUUGUCGGUGUGGAGGGUUUCAUCACGGGCAUCCUGGACCUGUUCCCCCAGCCGGGGGCUGGCUCGCUGCGUCGCGAGCUCACCGCUGCCGUCUGCUGUGUCAUCUGCUGCCUCAUCGACCUCUCCAUGGUCACGCAGGGCGGCAUGUAUGUGUUCCAGCUCUUUGACAACUACUCGGCCAGCGGGAUCACACUGCUGUGGCAGGCUUUCUGGGAGUGCGUGGUCAUUGCCUGGGUCUAUGGUGCCGACCGCUUCAUGGACGACGUGGCCCGCAUGAUCGGCUACCGGCCCCUGCCCUUCAUGAAGUGGUGCUGGGCCGUGGUGACGCCGCUGGUCUGCGUGGGCAUCUUUGUGUUCCACGUGGUGAACUACAAGCCGCUGACCUACAACAAGACGUAUGUGUACCCGUGGUGGGGGGACGCCAUCGGCUGGGUCCUGGCACUCUCCUCCAUGCUCUGCAUCCCCUGCACCGUCCUCUACAAGCUCCUGCGCUGCAAAGGCUCCCUGCGCGAGCGCUGGCAGCUCCUGACCACUCCGAUCUGGGGCCACCACCACCUGGAGUACCUGACGCCUGAGGCAGAAGCCAAACUGCUGGCCCCAGAGCCCCCCAAGGAGAAGGCGAUGCUCUUCGAGACUGUGAUCUGAGCGUGGGGAGGGUCGCGCUGCUCCCGCCCGCCAUAGCAAUAAUGCCAGCACCGCCUCCCACCCACGCUGCCCCGUGCCACCCCAGCCCGCCCGCCUCACCGCAGAGGGGGUUCAUGACUGCAAGGCGGGGGUCAUUGGGGGCUGCGGGGCCGGGGCGGCCACAGGGAGCGGGAGGGGUCCCCGGCGCAGGGGAGCGUGGCAGCCCGGGGGUCGGCGAGGAGGCUGCGGGCUGGGGGUAGUGAACAGGACAGCCCUUCCCUGGCCCCUGCCUGCAGCCCCCACGGCCCCCCACUCACUAACUGCUUCCUGUAGCGUUUGUCUGGUGUAACCCCGACCGCCCCGACAUCUGGCAAUAAACUGGGAGACCCUGGCA